AUGGAUUCUUUAGCAACUGAAACAAAACCUCCUCCUUUUGAAAAUCAAGAUGGUCCGCCAAUUAGUAAGAGCUAUGAAGAUGAAAGCCGUGAAAAAUCGUCUGUCUAUGAAAUCAGCCAGAAAUUAGAUCGUCAAUUGAAUCAAAGUGAUGAUAGUUAUUCAACCUUACAACUGAAUCAUCAACAAGCUUAUAAAUUACCCAUUGAUCGUGUGGCAUCAUGGUUUGAUCUUGAUAUCUCAAAAGGUUUAACUGAAUCUCAAAUCAAUAAUAAUGCUGCCAAAUAUGGAUUAAAUAAUUUAGGUGCUGAAGAUAAAAUCUCCAUCACCAAGAUUUUAGCUCAUCAAAUCUUUAAUGCCAUGGUUUUAGUAUUAAUCAUUUCGAUGGUUAUUGCUUUAGCUAUUAAAGAUUGGAUUUCAGGUGGUGUGAUUGGAUUUGUCGUGUUUAUUAAUAUCUUUGUUGGUUUCAUUCAAGAAUAUAAAGCUGAAAAAACUAUGGGUUCUUUGAAAUCUUUAAGUUCUCCAACAGCAACGGUUUUAAGAGAUGGUGCUAAAAUCAAUAUCGAUGCUGAACAAGUUGUCCCUGGUGAUAUUGUCUAUAUUAAUGUAGGUGAUACCAUCCCUGCUGAUUUAAGAUUAUUUGAUACCAUGAAUUUAGAAACUGAUGAAGCGUUAUUAACCGGUGAAUCCUUACCAGUGGCCAAAGAUCAUACUCAAAUUUAUGAUCCUUAUGAAGAUAUCUCUGUAGGUGAUCGUUUAAACAUGGCGUUCUCCUCAUCAGUGGUUUCAAAAGGUAGAGGUACUGGUAUAGCAGUUACUACUGGAUUAAGUACUGAAAUUGGUAAAAUUGCUGAUUCAUUAAAAUCAAAUGAUGAUGCUGUUAUUGUUAAAAUUGAUAGAAAAACCAAUCCAAAUCCAUCUUUCCAAGAUCAUGUUAUGGCUGUUUUAAAAUCAAUUUAUAAUAUCAUUAUGAAUGUCUUGGGUACCAAUAUCGGUACCCCUUUACAAAGAAGAUUAUCAUGGUUAGCCAUUAUUCUUUUCUGGGUGGCUGUCUUAUUCGCUAUUGUAGUCAUGGCAUCUCAAAAAAUGAUUGUUAAUAAGAAUGUGGCCAUUUAUGCUAUUUGUGUAGCCUUAUCCAUGAUUCCAUCAUCAUUGAUUGUGGUUUUAACCAUCACUAUGGCUAUUGGAGCUCAAGUUAUGGUUACUAAACAUGUCAUUGUUAGAAAAUUAGAUUCAUUAGAAGCUCUUGGUGGUAUAAAUGAUAUUUGUUCCGAUAAAACUGGUACUUUAACUUUAGGUAAGAUGAUUGCUCGUAAAGUUUGGAUUCCAGCGGUUGGUACUUAUAUCGUUUCAAAUUCAAAUGAACCUUUCAAUCCAACUGUGGGUGAAGUUUCAUUUAAUUCAUUAAGUCCAAAGGAAAUUGAAGAUACUGAUGAUGAAAUUGAUUUUAUUCCCGGUUUACCUGAAGCAUUACCUAAUUUAUUUAAAAAAUGGAUUCAAUGUGCUACUUUAGCCAAUAUCGCUUCUGUAAAACAAGUUCCAUCCACUGAAGAAGGUAAUGAUGAAUUAGAAUGGCAAGCUCAUGGUGAUGCUACCGAAAUUGCCAUUAAUGUGUUCACUUCAAGAUUAGGUUAUCAUCGUGAUGAAAUUAUUGAAACUCAAGAUUUAGAUCAUGUAGCUGAAUUCCCCUUUGAUUCAUCUAUCAAGAGAAUGUCUGCCAUUUAUAAAUCAAAUGAAUCAGGGGUUACUACUACUUAUACCAAAGGUGCUGUCGAAAGAAUCUUACAAAUUUGUAAAUUCUGGUAUCAAAAUGAUAAAAUUGUGGAAUUAACAGAAGAAGAUAAAAUUUUAAUUGAAGCCAAUAUGAAUGCGUUAUCUUCGGAAGGAUUAAGAGUUUUGGCCUUUUCUAAACGUGAUCUUGAUUUAGCUCAUGAAAGUCAUGAAUCUCGUGAACAAGUUGAAACAAACUUGAUCUUUUUAGGUUUGAUUGGUAUUUAUGAUCCUCCAAGACCUGAAACUGCUGGAUCCGUCAAAUUAUGUCAUAAAGCCGGUAUUAACGUUCAUAUGUUAACAGGUGAUCAUCCAGGUACAGCUAGAGCCAUUGCUAAAGAAGUUGGUAUUAUCCCAGCUAAUUUAUAUCAUUAUAGUCAAGAAAUUGUCAGUGUAAUGGUUAUGACUGCUCAUGAUUUUGAUAAAUUAUCUGAUGAUGAAAUUGAUGCUUUGCCAGUGUUACCAUUGGUUAUUGCUAGAUGUGCCCCUCAAACUAAAGUUCGUAUGAUUGAAGCUUUACAUAGAAGAGGUAAAUUCGUGGCUAUGACUGGUGAUGGGGUUAAUGAUUCUCCUUCAUUAAAGAAAGCUGAUGUGGGUAUUGCUAUGGGUCUUAAUGGUUCAGAUGUGGCUAAAGAUGCUUCUGAUAUUGUUUUAACUGAUGAUAAUUUCGCAUCUAUUGUUAAUGCUAUUGAAGAAGGAAGAAGAAUGUCUUCUAAUAUUCAAAAAUUCGUAUUACAAUUAUUAGCUGAAAAUGUAGCUCAAGCCAUUUAUUUAAUGGUUGGGUUAGCAUUCCAAGAUCAAGAUGGAUUUUCUGUGUUCCCAUUAUCACCAGUUGAAGUGUUAUGGAUUAUUGUUGUUACUUCAUGUUUCCCAGCUAUGGGUUUAGGUCAAGAAAAAGCCAGUGAUGAUAUUUUAGAUCUUCCACCAAACAAGACUAUUUUCACAUUUGAAGUGUUGUUAGAUAUGUGUGUUUAUGGAUUAUGGAUGGCUGUUUGUUGUUUAUGUUGUUUUAUUUCUAUCUUGUAUGGAAUGAAAGGUGGUGAAUUAGGUACUGGUUGUAAUGCUGAUAAUGGUCAUGAUUGUCAUGCAGUGUUCCAAGGUAGAUCAGCUGCUUUUGCUGCUUUUACAUGGUGUGCUAUUAUUCUUUCUUGGGAAUGUAUUCAUAUGAGACUUUCAUUCUUUAGAAUGAGACCUGAAUCUGAACUUCCAUGGUAUAAACAAUUAGCCAUUGAUCUUUGGGAUAAUCAAUUUUUAUUCUGGUCUGUUAUUUUUGGUAUGUUAUCUGUUUUCCCUGUCAUUUAUAUUCCUGUCAUUAAUGAUAUUGUGUUCUUACAUGGAUCAAUUGGAUAUGAAUGGGGUUUUUCAGUUGCUUUCACCAUUGCAUUCUUUGCUGGUUGUGAAUUAUGGAAAUGGUUUAAGAGAAUCUAUUUAAGAUCGGUUAGAGCUAAGAAUCCUGAAUAUGAAUUAGAAAGAAAUGAUCCGUUCAAGAAAUAUGCAUCAUUCUCCAAGUCUAAUACUUUUAUGGAAGUUUAGACUUGUUUUUUUUUUAGAAUCCAUUGGAUUCACAUUUAUUAUUAUUUUAUUAUUUUCACUUAUAUAUAUAUACACUUGAGAGUGGUUUUUUAUGGGUUCAAUUCCCAUGUUUAAAUCCUGGUUGGAUUUUUUUCUCCCUUUCGUUGAGUUUAUCAUAGUUUAUUUUUUGAGUUUAUUAUUACUAGGUUCUUUAUAUCAUUUUGUUUUACCUGAUUUUUUAAUAUAACAUCUAUUUAUAUUAUAUAU